GCAGCAGCUGAAUCUUGCGUUUCGUUGAAGGUGGAAAGGGCUGCUGAGUCUCUGGCUACUAGUACUCCACGUGAAGUACUACAAUGUGUUGUAAUCAAACCUCAGGAGCAGAGCGUUCGUACUGCUCUUGUCAGGGAGAGUGAGGUGAGAGAUUCGUCGUAACCAACCAGCGACCAGAGUCGGUGCUACAUCCGUAACCGCGACGACUGAUCGGAUACCAGUAGUAGAGUCUCUGUUCUGACUGACAGCAGUCUUGCUAUCCAGACACGCAGCGAGGGGGACGGGAACCCUGGGAGAUCAAGGUGAGAGCUGCUGUAGAGAAACGAACCAACACCAAUCUACCAAGAAUGGAUAGCACAGUGCUAAGUGCGAUCGCGUGUUGUCUACUGAGUGCAGUAGUGUAUGUGACGAGCCAGGACAUGGCAAUGUGCGGGUCAACUCCACAAGUGGACAACAGCCAAGUGAUAGUGUCUCCGGAUAGGUCUAACGCCACAUACCAGUGCUCCAAGGGGUACAUGCCAAUGGAUGAUAGCAACACGACCGCGGAGAUCCUAUGCCUGAGCGGUGAUUCUGCGGCGUGGACUGAGCCGGAGAUACUAUGCAUAGAAGUGCCUGAUGAACCAUCAAACCCUUGGACCAAGGCUGACAAGGAGAGCGCUUUCAAGCAAGCACCAUUCCUCGUGGUACUUUGUAUCCUCAUUGCUUUGGUCACGUGCCUCGGUGCCUCCAUCUUUGUUCUCCAAUAUCGACGCAGGAAGGCGGCAGAGAGGAAAGCAGACCCCACACUGACGGAGCUGCAGAAGAUCAGCGAACCCGCCCUUUGUCAGUACGAACUUCAGAAGAAUGCAAGCGAUGAAAGGGCACCUUCAACAAAAAGUUCAAGUGAGCGGUAUUUGAAAGUUCCCCGUCGGGAGUCGGUAGCUGCUGACGUCACUAGUUCUGGCACGCUGCCACUGACCAGUGUGACCCUGUCCUCCACUGAAAACGACAACGCCAAUGGUUGUGAUUAUCUCGUAGUCAAGUCGAAGUUGGGCUCCGAGUUCAGUCAGCCCAGCUCUGCGGACAAUGGCAGGAAGGCCAGUGAAGAUCGUAUUGUCUACGUGAACAAACAAUCCACUGCAUCCCACAGCACAGUCAGUAGUCCUCGGGGCAGCACCACCAAUGUCAGAAACGAUCAGCUGAAAUCGGACAAAGCGACAUCGCUAGCUGUUCCAGCACAGACGAGCACCAGUAGUUCUCGACAGAGUCAAGCAAUGUUGCCGAAUGCAUCCACUGAUCGAAGCAAACCAAGUCCGGCCGGGGGCAUUGGCGAGCCACCAAGACAUCAUUCCGAUGGUCAUAUCAGUCGCAAGCCCCCGGCCCCACAGCCUCCACGCCAGAGCGUCAUCUCGAGCGUAUCCAGACUGCAACCGCUCUCCAAGGAUCCAGAGGAGCUGUACGUGAACCAGGAAACCUUGGACAGAGAAGCUACGUACGUUCCCAUGUCACGGGGAGACACGACCAUGUAACUGAAGGACACUGCGACACUCCAGCAAGGUUAACAAUGCACUGUAUGUAUAUUGCUACUGCCUGGUACGAUGUUGGUUAUGAACACAUUGGAUACCUUACAGCUGUGAAUUUGCCUUGAGACAGUGGUACCUUUACUUUGCACAAUAUCAACCCAUGAUCUUAUUUGCCUCAUUUCCACGGCAGUAUCACGGUGUUACUGGAUCUAGGAGAAUCCACACAUCCCACGUUCGUCACUGAAACUACUUCAAUACAGCCAUUAGAGGGUACGGGGUACGAGAUUCAUCAUGUACAUGUACACGUAUAGUAAAACAAUGUUAUGAUUUUCAGCCCGACGAUUAGGCACUGUGAGUGUGCACCAGGCACGUAACCAAGGUAACCGUUGCGCUAGUUGCAGCGCCUACCAUAAAACUAUUAUUGUCGUGACCAAUUGCUCCAUCACACGCACGUUAUGUUUCACUUCGGCACCGAUUUUAUCUUACCUAAAAUAUUAUGCUGCUAUUAACAGUACCCCACGCAUCGUUCUUGAUGAACACUUUCUUGUGAUAGCUGCAUGGUACAUGUUCCUGAAAUUAAUUAGAUAAAAUAGCGUUGUACAAUAGUCACACUCACGCACCAAUAUCAUAAUCUAUCCACCGGACAUCGAGCACCUGUGUUUGGAAUUCUAUAUACCCCAGGAGACUCCCUUUGAUAGGCAUCCAUUUUCCCCUGGAGAAUCCUUGAAACUAAAGUAUCAAUCAAUUAAUCAUAUGUAGGGCUAAAAAAUACUACUUGUCAUGUACAUGUACAUGUGAAAUGUAGAGCUACUGGUGACAGUAUCGGUAAUUCCAAGUACAGUAAAUAGUGGAUAUAACGUGCCCCUUUGAUUUUCGAUAAUUUAUCACUAUAUCCGGUGCAUCACUAUAGCCGAUUUGCAUGUAAGACUGACACAUGGCACAUGACUAUGCAUGAAAUGAUGCGUACACGCUGGAAAAUGCAUGAAAAGCAGCCACGUGUACAUGUGGCUGAUUACAGCAUACAGGGAAGAAUUUUCUCUCAAUCACGUCUGCUGCCAGAUGCAUCCAGGCAACACUGGAUCAGUUUCGGAAGAAAUGAACUAAAUUUGAAGAACAAUUGUUUUGUGAUCAUCACUCUUGAUCAGUAUAUACGAUAUUUUCCUGUGCAUUUGAUAUGGUUUGCUUCCUGAAGCCCAUCACAAUAAGCGAUAUAUCGGUAUAGCCGAUAAUAGUGUGUAUAGUGAUAUUUUAGCUGUAUUUUUUUGUGAUUUGAUUUUGAUUUUGGCGAGUUCGAUCAUUAUAGCCGGUAUAUCGUUACACCCGGUCACUUUAUAAACGAUACUCACUGUACUAGUGUACUAGUACAUGAUUGUACACUAACGUUGUAUGCAUCUUCCUGUGUACUGUUGACACCUGAUUGCACAGAAAGUGACGACAGUUACAGUAACAUAAGCUACAUUUGUGACCAGCUACACUUUAAUAAUUAUUUCCUCGUUGUCACUUUUCUACGCAUCACCCGCACAUCCUGGCCUACAUGAACACAUAGGUUAUUGCUAUCAGGUUCGGCCUCAUUUCCUCUGUGCUGCGCUGAUGAGUCCACAAAGGACGAAACAGUUCUGGCCGCAGAUUGAAUACAUAGAUGUACACUUUCG